AUGGAAGUGAUCAACAAUGAGGAGUUCGAAUCAUUGGAUGAAGGAUCAGACCAAGACAGAGAAAGAAGAGCUCUCAUAAGAAAUUUGGGAAAAGAAAAAAGGUGCAACCUUGGGUCAGUACAUAUACAGUCAUUCUCAGUGGGGCAAAAGUUUAAAAGUAAAAAAGAAUUAAAGGAGUUAAUUGAUGUGCACGCACUAGAAACAAGAAGGAAUCUAUUCUUUAAAAAAAAUGACAGUCAAAGGCUUAGGGCACAGUGCAGAGGAGUUGUACCUGUCAUCAAUAAAGGUCAAGUGGGGACUAAACCUACCACUUCAAAAAGCAAGGGCAAAGAAGUAAAGACACAAAAAGAAACAUGUGGUUGGUAUAUACAUGCAUCUAGGUCAAACCCCGAAUCUGAUUGGUUUAUAAGGACCUUAAACCAAACUCAUACAUGCUUACAAACAAGAAAACUCAGAGCUUGUACUGCUUCUUUAAUCUGCAAGAAAAUCAUAGAUCAAGUUGAGGCAGAUCCGAAGAUUCCUUUGAGAGCCAUACAAGAUCACUUUCAAAAGACCUACCAGGUGGGUAUUUCAAUGGAUAAGGUGUUUAGGGCAAAAGAUAUGGCAAGAAAGCAUGUAACUGGGGACUACACAAAACAGUUUGAGUUGUUGAGGGACUAUGCUCUUGAACUUCAAGCUACAAACCCAGACACAACAGUCAAAAUAGAUGUGUGUCCUAAUGGCAACCCUGCAUCCCCAACAAGGCAGUUUAGAAGGAUUUAUGUAUGCUUGGGUCCACUGAAAAAAGGUUUCAAAGCAUGUCUUAGAGACUUAGUAGGUUUGGAUGGUGCCUUCAUGAAAGGCCCAUUCCCUGGUCAGGUUCUUACAGCAGUUGGUCUAGAUUCCAACAAUGGAAUUUAUCCCUUAGCCUAUGCAAUUGUUGAGUCUGAAAACACAGCUAGCUGGAAGUGGUUUUUAGAAAACCUUGGGGAUGACUUGGAGCUUGGGAGCAACUCAAACUAUACUUUCAUAAGUGACAGGCAAAAGGGAUUACAAAUUGCAGUUGAUCAAUUGUUUCCCAAUGCUGAGCAUAGGUAUUGUAUUAGACAUAUUCAUGACAAUAUGAGAAAGAAGUGGGGGCAAACUGAGUACAGGGACCAUUUAUGGAGGUGUGCAUCAGCAACCACCAUUCCUGAGUUUGAACAUUUGAUGAAAGAGUUUAGUGAGUAUGAUAAGGAGGCAUGUCAAUGGUUGAAGCAAAUUCCUCCUGUACAUUGGGCAAGGAGUCAUUUCUCAGGAAGAGCUGUUUCUGAUGUGUUGAUUUCAAACAUGUGUGAAGUGUUUAAUGGGAAGAUAGAGAAAGGCAGGGACAAACCUGUAAUUUCAUGUUUAGAGUUCAUUAGGGAGUAUCUAAUGAAGAGGAUAUGCAAUGUCAUGAAGGCAAUGAAGAAGGCUAAAGGUCCACUAACACCUACAGCAACAGACAUCCUAGAUGCAAGGAAAAAAGUGCUUCACAAUAUAUUGCUAGGUGGAAUGGGGCAAACAAGUAUCAAGUCACUGCAGCAUUGCAAGAUCAACAUGUGGUGGAUGUUAGGAACCAAACCUGUACUUGCAGAAAGUGGGAAUUAA